AUGGCAGAUGAGGCACAUGAGGAAAGGCAGAGGGUGGAGGUGGUAACAGAGAGCAACAUUCUGUUCUCCUGGCUUUUGGUUGCCCUGACCGCUGAGAUAAAUUACCUCCCAGUUGCCUUCCCCCAAGCUAAUGAUGAUGAUGAUGAACAAGAUUGUGGGAGCUACACCUGUGCAGAGAAUGCUGUUCCCUAUCAGGUCCUCAAUUCUGGGUAUCACUUCUGUGGAGGUUCCCUCAUCAACAGCCAGUGGGUCCUGUCAGCUGCUCACUGCUACAAUCGUGACCGCAUCCAAGUGCAGCUCGGGAAACAUAACCUGGAAACUCACAGAAUCGACAACAGGCAGUUGAUCAAUUCAGCCCAAAUCAUCUCACACUGCUGGCUUCAGCUAUGCACACUGGACAAUGACAUUAUGCUCAUCAAGCUUGCCAAACCAGCCCAGCUCAACCGAUCUGUCCAAACAGUUCCUCUGCCCAGUAGCUGUGUGGCCGCAGGCACCUCGUGUCUGAUCUCUGGCUGGGGCAACACACUCAGCAAUGGCAACAACUACCCGGACACUUUGCAGUGCCUGGAGGCUCCUGUACUCUCCUCAAGCGAGUGCUCUGAGGCCUACCCUGGGCAAAUUACCAAACAUGAUAUGUGUAGGAUCUUGGAGGGAGGGAAGGACUCCUGCCAGGGGGAUUCCGGCGGCCCAGUCGUCUGCAACGGGGAGCUCCAGGGCAUUGUUUCCUGGGGCAUCGGCUGUGCACAGAAAGACUACCCCGGAGUUUAUACCAAGGUCUGCAAUUACGUCUCCUGGAUCAAAUCCACGAUUUCUGCCAACUGAGACACUCUCUUUCAAUGUGAUCUGAUUUUUCUCCUCACCAUUUUCUUCCAUGUUGGGAUUUGACAUAGAAAAUUUUCGAAAAAUAAAGACUUUUGGCACCCUUU